GUAUUUACCAACACUCCGUUUGUUAUCGCGUAAAAUUCAAAUCAAAUUUUUAAUCGCGCUGCAAUUGCGUUGAUCGUAGUCUUCAAUCAGUCAUCGUCGUUGUGAGUCGGUUGGUCGGUUAGUCUACUUUACGUAUUCGCACGCGCCUUGUUAAAGUACGCAAAGCUUUGUUUAAGUGAUUUUAUAUUUAAAAAAAAAAACAAGAAAAAACAGGAAUAAAAACAUAAUAAUAGAAACAAAGUUGGCGCAUUAAAAACUCUACAAAAAAAAAAAUAUAUACAUACAUAUAUAUAAAAAAGGAUAUAUUACAACACAAUGAAGCCAAAUUUUAAAAUAAUUUUACUAAUUCAUAUAAUAGGAGUAUUCAACAGUUGCAACGCAAUUACCUCAUUCGAUCAAAGUCCCCGCCAUUUUCCCAAAGAUUUCCUAUGGGGUGUUGGAUCGUCAUCAUAUCAAAUCGAAGGUGGUUGGAAUGCCGAUGACAAGGGCGAAUCUAUAUGGGAUUUUAUGACACACAACUAUCCAGAAAAGAUAUACGACAAGUCAAAUGGUGAUAUAUCAUGUGAUAGUUACCACCAGUGGCGCCGUGAUGUCCAAAUGGUGCGUGAAUUGAAUGUCAAGACAUAUCGUUUUUCCAUAUCAUGGGUUCGCAUAAUGCCCGAAGGUCACAUGAAUAAGGUCAGUACGGCGGGUAUCAAAUAUUACAGCGCCCUGAUCGAUGAACUGCUGCAUUAUAACAUUACGCCCAUGGUGACUAUGUAUCAUUGGGAGCUGCCACAGCGUCUACAGGAAUUGGGUGGUUGGACAAAUCCCGAAAUUAUACCCCUCUUUAAGGAUUAUGCUCGCCUGCUAUUGGAGAUGUAUGGAGAUCGUGUAAAGCUUUGGACUACCAUUAAUGAACCGUAUCAUGUUUGUGAGCAUAGUUAUGGAGUGGAUUAUUUGGCACCAGCUUAUAACUAUCCUGGUAUACCAUCCUAUUUGUGUGGCCACAAUUUGCUAAAAGCUCAUGCUGAAGUGGUACACAUGUAUCGCAAUGAAUACAAGAAACGACAAGGUGGACGCAUGGGCAUUACAUUGGAUGUGUCUUGGCAGGAGCCCAAAACGGAUUCGCCAAAAGAUCAUGAGGCCUCACAAAGGGGUAUGGAAUUUUAUCUCGGUUGGUUUGCCCAUCCCAUCUUUUCGUCGCAUGGAAAUUAUCCUGCCAUAAUGAUUGAUCGUAUUCGCAGUCUUAGCCGAGAACAAGGCUUCACACGAUCACGUUUACCCGAAUUUACCAAAGAAGAGAUCCAACGUAUACGUGGUACUUCGGAUUUCUUUGGCAUUAACACAUACACCUCUAUGCUGGUGACUAGCAACGAUCAUAAUAACUCAGCCAAAUUUCCCAUACCUUCAUUUAAUCAUGAUAUGGGUGUGGUCGAGACUCAAGAUCCCUCGUGGAAGGGAUCUGGAUCGGUGUGGUUAAAGGUGUUUCCCAAGGGCAUGUACAAUAUGCUGAUGUGGAUUAAGAAGGAAUACAAUAAUCCACCCAUGAUUAUUACCGAGAAUGGUGUCAGUGACCGUGGUGGUUUGGAGGACUAUGCUCGUGUUGAUUACUAUAAUAUGUACUUGAGCUCGGUAUUAGAUGCCUUGGAAGAUGGUGCUAAUGUUGAGGGGUAUAUUGCGUGGAGUCUUAUGGACAGCUAUGAAUGGAAAGCUGGCUUCAGCGAAAAAUUCGGUCUAUAUCAUGUCGACUUUAAUGAUGCCCAGCGCAAGAGAACACCUAAGAUAUCGGCUCGCGUUUAUUCUCGCAUCUGCAAAACGAAUCGUAUCGAUUGGAGUUAUCGUCCCACAUUGAAUGACGAUCAGAUCACUGCCAUGUCCCGUCUGCCUGAGCUUACCUCUGCCAGUAGUCGUCUUAGAAGUUCUACCGAAAGCAGCAGCAGCUACCUCAUGUGCAGCUUGUCAUUAUUUUUAUUUGUAAUUUUUGCCAAAUAUUUGUACUAAUCUUGCCGCCAUUGUAACUUUCAACGAACUGUUAAUUAACAUUGCAACUAUCAUCGUACACUGUGAAAUGAAAAUCAUGCCAUAAUUUGUAAAUGAUAUUAGUGUGUGUAUUGUUAUUAAGUAAUUAUUGUACAUUUAAUUGUUUUGUUUUUGUGGACUUUAAGAAAUAAAAUAUUUAAAUAUA